GAGCAUCCGCGAAAAAAGGGGAUCGGAUUCGCGCGAAAGCGAAAGGCGCGAAGCGAGAAUAAAUAUAUCGCUUCGCGACAGCAGGAACGAAAAGGGAUUCGCGGCCAUGAGUAAACGCCAUCGAUGAUGGAAUUAAAAUAGAUACAGGAAUAAAUUGUCGAACCGGCCACGACGCGAAGCUCUUUUAGUGGGAGGUGCCAAAAUUAGAGGAGCCCACGCGAGUAGCGGCGAAGAGAGUUUCGUCGCGGUACAGCUUCUUCCUUCCAACACAACAUUUCGAAAUAGUCCUUUCAACCGAUAAGACGAUCCAUUUCAGCGGAGAAUCGCGAGAGUUGUAAUUAUGGCUCGCAGUCCUUCUAUCGGCAAUGUGGCGCCCGACAAGCGAUAAACGCAAACUAAUUUGGUAUAAAUACUUAAUUCGGUCCUUCGAAAACCUUGAAAAGAAGACAUGCUCACUCGUCGAUUGAUAAUCGGUCGAUCGUUAAUCGGAUAUCUUCUCGCGGGGUGCAUCGUAUCUCUGUCGACGAGUGUCGCGCAAGUCGAAGGCAGAAAGUGCGUGUGUACGAGUAAAGCCUGCAAAGAAGCAGGCAUAGAUAUUUGUAGAACCAGAUUCUUCUGCUACACGGAACUUAUCGUGACGAGACAGGAAAUUGGUGAAAGUACAAUCACGAGAGGAUGCACGGAAGGUGCCACGCCAUUGUUGUGCGAAACAAAGUCCUGGGUCACGAGGUCACGAUCGGUCAACGCCAUGGAACUGUCGACAAGUCCUCGGGUUCUCGUGCCCUGGCCCAGAUUGAAAUGUUGCAACAGUCAUGACUACUGCAACGCUGAUGACGACGACGAUGACGACGACGACGACGACGACGAGGAGGAGAACGCCAGCACAUGGGCGCACGAAAGAAAAGUUCAGAUGAAUCAGACAUAUUCUACGGUAAAUCGCGAGACGCUAAUGGACUAUCUAACGUCAACGAAUCGUCAUACAAUGUUAACGUUACAACCUGAUCGAAACUAUGAGGAUUCAAUAGAAUCAACCAAUCGACUUCUCCAGAAUCGCAUCAAAGCGCUUCACAUCGCCGCUCUUGUCCUUGCAGUUGCAGUCCUUAUAUCCGUCCUCGCAUCUUGCUAUGUGAUUACAAGAUUCCUUCGAAGUAAUCGUUAUAUAAUGGACACGGUAAACUGUUGGUGAAUGACGCCAAAACUUACAAUUAUAGAUACAUUGUGAUUCGAUGGAAUUGUAAUUUUUUUCUGAAGCGGAACAAGUUACAAUAAGAUACAGGUAUCUAUCCGUAUGGAUAGCUAACGGUGGGCCAUGUAGCUCAAACCUUCCCCGGUGGGAGCCCCUCGAGGAGCGAUCAACCAUACCAGGAGUGCCAGGUGCCCCGGCCCUCCUCCACUCCGGCUGUUUCAACGUAUUUAGUCAUCCUCCAGGUUGCCGAACACACACGUACACAUCUUGCCGAUGCUUGAUCAAAGAGAAAUAACGUACAUAUGUGCGCGCCGAAAGUCCUACACUAAAAACGCUUGGUCAUCGUGAGAAAGAAAUUUCAUGCAACACAAAUAAACGAAUAUUGACGAAGAAAGAGACAUCGUGGCGUCUCGCGACGAGUACAGCGAAUCAUCUACUUAUAAGUUGUACGAAAAGAAAUGAUCAAGAAAAGUAUAAGAAUCGUAUGUACAUAUUUCGACUCAAUCAAUGAUUACUGUAUAUAAUUGAAAAUAUAUAGAGGUGCAUAUA